AUGGACUCUCCACGUUGGUUACCGCUGGAGUCAAAUCCUGAAGUUAUGACGACGAUCAACAACCUAAAAGCCACAUUUCUGAACCGUUUGGGGAUGAAACCAACCUGGCAGUUUGGAGAUGUGUAUGGUUUGGAUCCAGAGCUUCUUAGCAUGGUACCAAGACCAGUGUGUGCAGUGCUACUCCUCUUCCCAAUUACAGAGAAGUAUGAAACCUAUAAGCAGGAGGAGGAAGCCAGGCUGAAGAUUGAGAAACCUAACAUCUCCCCUGAUGCCUAUUUCAUCAAACAAACUAUUGGAAAUGCCUGUGGAACAAUCGGAAUUAUUCAUGCUGUGGCAAAUAACAUGAAACAUCUCGAGUUUGAGUCUGAUUCUCCACUUAAGAAGUUUAUUGAGAAAACCUUCCAAAUGAACCCAGAGGAACGGGCUGCAUUCCUUGAACAAGACGAGAGUAUACGAGUUACACAUGAAUCAAGCGCUCAAGAAGGACAGACUGAGGCACCAAGCGCUGAUGAACGAGUCAAUUUGCAUUUCAUAUCUUUUGUUAAUGUGGGAGGACAGCUCUAUGAACUGGAUGGCCGUAAACCUGCUCCGGUUGUACAUGGAAAUACUACAGAGGAGACCUUCCUUGAGGAUGCAGUAGUUGUUUGCAAAGAAUUUAUGACGAGAGACCCAGAUGAACUUUGCUUCACCAUUAUCGCACUAAGCAAAGAUUAA